AUGGACGCAUAUGAAGUUUUGGAGAAGCUUGGCAGUGGAUCCUUUGGGACCAUUAGAAAGAUCGUCAGGAAGUCAGACAAGAAGGUCCUGGUCUGGAAGGAGAUCCGAUACGGUAGAAUGAACGAGAAGGAGAAAAGCAUGUUGGUAAGCGAAGUGAACAUCCUCCGCGAGCUCAAGCACCCCAACAUCGUUCGCUACAAGGAUCGCAUCAUCGAUAGAGAGAGUUCAACCAUCUACAUCAUCAUGGAGUUUUGCGAGAACGGCGAUCUUGCUUCGGUCAUUCGCAAGUACAAAAGAUGCGGCAAGCGGGUUGAGGAGUCAAGAAUCUGGACCUUGUUCUUUCAGAUCGCCUGUGCCCUGCACGAAUGCCAUUGCCGCAAACAGAAGAUCCUUCAUCGCGACAUCAAGCCUGCGAACGUGUUCAUUGACAGGAACAACGGCUUCAAGCUCGGAGACUUCGGGCUCGCAAGGGUGUUGAGCACGGAGACGCAGCUCGCCAAGACCAACGUGGGAACGCCCUACUACAUGGCGCCAGAGCAAGUGAACGAGCUGCCCUACAACGAGAAGUGCGACAUCUGGUCGUUGGGCUGCCUCCUGUACGAGAUGGCUGCCCUCGCCCCUCCCUUCGAGGCUGCCAACCAGCUCGCGCUGGCUGUGAAGAUCAAGGCUGGAAGGGUGUCACGGCUGCCCGAGCAGUACUCGGAGGAGCUGAACCAAGCUGUGCGAUCGAUGCUGCAGCUGGACAGCGCCAAGAGGCCAAGCAUCGAAGAUCUCUUCAAGCUCCCCAAAAUGCAGGAGCAGGCCGAGAUCGCUGUCCGCAACGCGUCGGCUGUGCCUGCCCAGUACGUUGACCGAUACUUCUCGAGCCAGAUGCGGAGGCUGCAGGCGAAGGAGGAGGAGAUCUCGUCGAGGGCUCAAGACCUCGUCAACAAGGAGAAGGAGUUGCGAGGAGCCAAGUAUGUGGACAGCGAUGAGAUCAAGAAGAGAGAAGAAGACCUCAAGAAGAAGGACGAGGAGCUCAAGAAGAAGGACAAGGAGCUUUCCGAGAUGACUUCAUCCUUCCAAGAGCGAAUCAGAAACUUGGAGGCGAGAGAGAAGGCGGUGAGUUGUGCUGACGUGGCAUCAGCCUGGUGUGACGCCUGCCGUCAGAUGCUGGCGAGGGAAGAAGCCCUAGCGAGUCGAGACAGGAGCCUCAGCGACAAGGAGAAGCGGGUGGAGAGAGCCAAGCUCGAGUAUCAGUCGCUGUGA